UGACAUUAGCAUAAUUAGGCUUCUUCUGUUUCAGACUUCAUAAUCAUAUCGGGGUCAUACCACUUCUUGUUUCCUCCCACUGCAAAAGCACACGCACUAUAUGAUAUUGCAAAACAGAUACUACUGAUUUUUUUUCUUGAAACUCGCAUGACUCUAAAAAUAAUUUUGAAGCAGUCACACAACAUCUGUGGUAAAGAAACUGCCACAGUAUUUCUGUCACUGUGUGGAAUUUUGACCGUGCCGAUUCUACUUCCUUCUUUUUCAAAUGCGUAUAUUCCACAAAAAAAACUGUUGCGCAACUGUAGACUUAAUCUUCUAGUGAUAGACUGAGUAUUACUUAACAAACAUGACCAGUUGGAAUAUGAUUUGUGUGCACAUGCAUCCACGUGGAACAAAUAGAAACAAGGAAGGUGUACUUCCCGUGACCACACCUCCAGAAACAGGCUCGUUGAUAAGGCAGCUGCACGUCUGCUGCAGUCAAAGGCCUCUGUGUAAGGAGGUAUGGCACAAAAAGUGACUAUUGUUUCAAGGCAGCAGUGGGGAGCAGCUGCCCCUAAAAAAAGGGAGACUCUGAAAGGCUCUGCCCAGAGAGUUGUCAUACACCACACUGCCCUCCCUAGAUGCAAAGGCCAGAAAGAGUGUAUGGACCGCCUUGUCAGCAUUCAGAGAGGGCAUAUGAAAGACAGAGGCUUCGAUGACAUUGGAUAUAAUUUUCUUGUCGGAGGAGACGGUGCCGUGUAUGAGGGCCGUGGCUGGGGUGUGGUUGGGGCACAUGCCAAAGGCAACAAUCAUGACUCACUGGGGAUUGCCUUCAUGGGAAAUUUCAAAAAUGACACACCAAGCACAGAGGCAAUGUCAUCCGUCAAAAAGCUGCUGCAAUCUGGAGUUUCUCAGGGCUUUCUAAACCCAAAGUUUGCCCUGUUUGGGCACAGAGAUCUGGGAGACACAGAAUGUCCAGGAGAAAAACUGUAUGCUGCACUACCACAACUGAGGGGUACCACAUAAAGCUCACUGCAGAUUCUGAUUGUUUUGAUUGCAAAAAAUUCCCUAGUUUCAUAUCUUAAACAAACCUUCAGCAGCUCUUCGUUAAUACCAGAUGUGGAAUAAACAGGGUGACAGGAUGAAGAAGAAUUUAGAAUAAAUACUGACUCAUUAUUUCUUAUCAAAUUCUUUUUAUUCAUGGCUGUUCUCUGAACUAAGGGAAGGUUUGUGACUUUCUCUUACAGCAGAGGGAGCCAGCAAAUGGGAUGAGACCAAUAGGCUUUAGAGUGCAAAAUGCCUGAAAGUCAAUGCCCUUUAAUUCACAUGUAGAAAAUUGUCACCGUAGCUAUUGCUUGUUAAUUUGAUUACAUUCUUUCAAUCUGUUAUGCUACUUUUUAGUUACCUAAGUGCAAUAUUAAUAUGGAGGCUAAUGCCAAAUACUUAUGAAAGUAUUCAUAAGUAAAAGGCCUUAGGAUUAUUAUUACAUUACAUUAAGCUGACGCUUUUAUCCAAAGCGACUUACAAUUGCUAUUUGUGUCAGUGGUCGCACGCCUCUGAAGCAACUAGGGGUUGAGUGUCUUGCUCAGGGACACAUUGGUUGAUGUAUCACAGUGGGAAUUGAACCUAAAACUCCCACACCAAAGGCAUGCGUCAUAUCCACUGCACCAUCACCUCCCAGAUGCUGAUGAAUAUUCACAUGGAUUUAACCCGUUCUGAUGUUAAGCUACAGGUCUUUUUGAAAUAAAUACCAUUUUAUUAGCAA